GUGACGAGCGUUGUGCAAGGAGUCGCAAUCGCCCUCACAAUUUUUCGUGUCUGGUUCCGACUACACAUAAGGAGAUUCUGGUGGGAGGACGCAUGGGCUGCUUUUGCUGGAUUGUGUGGCACGACGCAUCUGAUUAAUUCCUGGAUCCAUCUGCUCUCUCACGGAACAACAUGUGUAGUUUCUUUUUGGGCGACAACAUUCAUGUCCACCUGCAUAAAUUGGGGUGCACGCAUGAGCAUACUGUUUGCCAUCGCGCGGGUUGCGAGGCCCGCGCAGCGGCUUUUUCGCUUAUCUAUGGGCUUCGCAAUUCUCUUCUUCCUGAUGUGGGGAGGAUUCAUUGUGCAAAAGGCGUGGAAUUUUGAAUCGAGUCGUGACUGGUACGGCUUGCCUUGUCCUUCCUGCCGCAUCGGCUAUUCGAUGGCAGCGUACCAACUCACAACCAAGUGUGUAGCUGACGCUAUUCUGGUGAUCUUUUCCUUUCGACUGCUCUGGAACGUCCACCUGCCCUCUCGCCAGCGACGAAUGAUUCUCGCGAUAUUUUCAUCCAGCAUUAUCAUGUCGAUGUUCUCCCUGUUCCACGCAAUCGCCCAUUUUCUAUAUGCUACAGAGGUCGAGACAAUUGCAGUGAAUUUGGAGGCAUCUUCUUCCCUGAUAGUUUGCAACCUGCUUGUGGUUGUGACCUAUACAUACCGGGUACUCAACCGCAAACCUGAUGACCCGGAGGAUGACGACUAUACCAGUCCAGCUCCAUCUGUUCCGACAUCGCAACGACUCACCACUAUUUCCCUCAGCGCAGCCGCUGGGACGUGCACUUCUGGCCGCCCCCUCAGUUCACCAGCAACCUUCGCCUUGGAGUGCAGAGAAGAUACAAAAUUUGUUUGA